AGAGAGCAAAGUCAUAAGGCAUACAGCAAGUAGGUAGGCAGCGGUGUGUACCUUUUUCUAAGUGAAUAUCAAACGGGUUGUUUCACGCAUCUGAAACAAGCAAACUACUAAACGAAAUAAAAAAGUAUUUUGACAUUUUGCUGCGAAAAAUACAGAAAACAAAGUAUAAACUUGUAAAGUGAAAUGUCAGUGAAUGCAGAGUGAAGCAAUAACAAACGAAAAAAUGCGAGAAAAUGUCAGAAAAUUUAAAGAAAUGACGAAAACUCUUGAAGAAAAUUAGUGCGCAACGCGAGACCCGUAUUUAUUUGUUACUUAAAGUGCAAUAACAAUGAACAAAUUGAAGCAACAACAAAUACACACAAUAUCAACAACAGCAACAACAACAAAGCGCAUUGCUUAAGUAUAGAAAAAAAACGAAAAGCAAAUAAAAACUUAAAUAGAUAAACUAAACAAAAAAUAACAACAACAACAAACGCAGGUAUAUAGCUAUACAUAUACACAGAGUGUUUGGUGAGUGUUGCAGAGGCGGCAGUGUUGAGCGCAAACGAAAACGAAACUUUAAUAUUAACAAGCAAACACCUUGAAAUUAUAUCAAAUAUCAAUAAACCGAAUAAAAAUCGAAAUUCGUCGAAAAAUACGCAAAAUUCGCUGAACCCGAACGGAGCAGUGGCAAACCGUGCGAAAAUGGGGCGAAGGUGUACUUUGUGGCUCACUUUCGGCGCGUUGCUCUUCAGCACGCAGUGGCUGGACGUGAUUAGCUCUACAAUCGAACGCAGUUCGGAGGAGUCAUACGAGGACAACGCGAAAGCAAUAAAAACUAUCGAACAACAAGAUAGCCUUGACUUUUUCAGCAAUGAAAAGUCUAAUGAAGAUACCAGCGUUGAGCAUGAGGAUGAGGAUCAUGAUUUUGACAUAUUGAUAUUUACACAACAAUGGCCGGUGACUACAUGCUACCACUGGCGGGAGGAGGACAGCACACAUGCCUGCGUUUUACCCGAAAAGAAAGAAUUCUGGACUAUACAUGGCGUGUGGCCAACGAAAUUGGGACAUAUGGGACCAAGUUUUUGCAAUAAAAGUGCCGACUUCGAUUUGGAUCAAUUGGACCAGAUACUGGCCAACUUGAAAACUUAUUGGCCCACCAUAGAUGGACAACAGAAACUGGGUUAUUUCUGGAAGCAUGAGUGGCUAAAACAUGGCACCUGCGCUGCAUCAUUGGAAGAGCUGGAUAACGAGCUGAAAUAUUUCAAACGCGGCCUGGCUUGGCGUGAACAGUACUUAAUGUCGAAUAUAUUGGGUAGGGCUGGCAUACAUCCGGAUUCGAAUAGCACCGUAAUCGCUUUGCAGAGAGCUAUCGUUCAAUCACUCGGCAAGAAUCCAUCCAUACAUUGUGUAUAUGAUAAUAAACGGGAUAUGAGUUAUCUGGAGGAGAUACGCAUAUGUUUUACCAAACAAUUUGAACUCACCGAUUGUGAUGGUGUACUACCAGGUGAUGCGGUUCCUAUCGUUUAUCCGGGCGGUACUGUUAUCACGAAUUGCCAUAUUUCGAAACCUAUACAUUAUCCUAGCAAUGUGCCACCAACAAUACGCCGAAUGGAGAAGAAAUGGAGAUUCCCGGUGGUGAACGCCUUCAAGCUAGUACAAUUCAUUAUGUGGUUUACGUUGUAAGAAGUAACUUGACACGCUUGCCAUUGAACAAUGAACGAAAAGCGCGUGCGAACACGAAAGGAUAUUUCUUAUAAGGAACAAUUAUUGUAUUUGGUAUAGUUUACAAAAGCAUUAAGGGAUUUAUACAAGAUUUGAUAAUUACGUACAUACAUACAUAUGUAGGUAGUUGAGAGCAAAUUUGCAGAUAUAUUUUUUGUAAUGCAAAAGAAAACUUUUAAGAAUUGAGGUAUAGAAGUAUGGUAAAAUGCAGGAUAGAGCGAAGUUUUAUACAUGAUACACAACAGACGGACGUACGUACGUAAGGAUUUAUGUAUGUGCCGUAUUUAGAAAAAUAUGAAAUAUAUGAACAGCACAAGCUUAGCAUAUAUUACCACUAAAUUUAGUAGUAAGUUUAUAUCAAAAAAUUGUAUUAAUUAUUUGAAACAAAAAAAAAAGUUUCGCUUGAUUUCUGCCGCUGGCAAAUUAUCAUGAAUGAUUAUAGUAGAAAUUCCAUAUCUAGUUUUUUUGUUUAAUAUUUUCUUGUGAAUACACUAUAGAUUAUGUUUACAUGCAAUAAAGAUAGGCAUAAAAUACAACAAACUACAAA